CAGGCGCAUCCCACCGCUUGAGGCCGCCAUUUUGUGCGGAGCCUACUCUGCAAAAGCGGGAGAGGAUUAAAACCACCGGAGGAGAAGGACGCAAUUUUACACCAUCUCUAUCAGAAGAAAGAACAAACCCUGGGCUUUCAGUCGAUUUCAACGAAAGAAUAAACAAGGGAACGCAGGUUGAGUUGUAGGUAGCAAAGGGAGAGUUCAGUGCAGGUAGCUGUUGCAGCGGAGCCAGACCUCAUCUGAGAAGCAGGUGUAGGCAGCUGUGAGAUGAAGUACACAUUCUUGGUGAAGGUCUUACCCAUGGAAGGGGGUGCGAGUGAUGCGGUGGUGGAGGAGGCGGGCGACGCCUUCAAGGCCAAGGAGUGCAAGACGUACGUGCGACGGCGUGAGGAUGAGGACGUGGGGGCGGAGCUGCUGACGGCGGCGGGGCUGGAGGAGGUGGAGCAGGUGACUGUGGACGGGUCUGUCACGCAGGUGCAGGUUGGCGAGCAACAGCAGCUGGUUGAGGGAGUGGUGAGCGUGAACAGCGGCGGAGUGGAGAUGAUGGUGAUGGACACUCUGGAUCCCACCCUGCUGCAGAUGAAGACUGAGGUCAUGGAUGCGGCAGCGGCCGCUGGGGUCACCGUGGUGGGGGGUGUGGCAGGGGCGCACGAGGCCACCGUCACCACAGUGGACGACACACAGAUCAUCACACUGCAGGUGGUGAACAUGGAGGAGCAGCCGCUCGGCCUGGGGGUCGGGGAAUUGCAGCUCGUACAGGUGCCCGUGUCGGCCGUGCCAGUCACCGCAGCGACAGUGGAGGAGCUCCAGGGCACCCUAGUGGAUACCACCGCCAUGCCCAAGGACGGAGAGCCCGUCAUCUGCCACACCCUGCCUCUGCCAGAGGGCUUCCAGGUUGUGAAGGUGGGUGCAAACGGUGAGGUGGAGACUGUUGAGCAGGACGAGCUUCAGCCGCAGGAGGAGGCCCCGGUCCCAGAGGAGCCUGAGGGGGAGGACAUCACAGCCGAGCCCCAAAACGAGGACCCCACCUGGUCCAAGGAUCCAGACUACCAGCCACCCGCCAAGAAGACAAAGAAGACCAAGAAAAGCAAGCUGCGCUACAAUACAGAGGGCGAGAAGGACAUGGACGUGUCGGUCUACGACUUUGAGGAAGAGCAGCAGGAAGGGCUGCUAUCUGAAGUCAACGCUGAGAAGGUGGUGGGCAACAUGAAGCCCCCCAAACCCACAAAGAUCAAGAAGAAGGGUGUGAAGAAGACAUUCCAGUGUGAGCUGUGCAGCUACACCUGCCCCCGCCGCUCCAACCUGGACCGCCACAUGAAGAGCCACACGGACGAGAGGCCACACAAGUGUCACUUGUGUGGGCGCGCCUUCAGGACAGUCACCCUGCUGAGGAACCACCUUAACACCCACACAGGUACCAGGCCACACAAGUGCACGGACUGUGACAUGGCGUUUGUGACCAGUGGUGAGCUGGUGAGGCACCGUCGCUACAAGCAUACCCACGAGAAACCCUUCAAGUGCUCCAUGUGUGACUACGCCAGUGUGGAGGUGAGCAAGCUGAAGCGCCACAUCCGCUCCCACACAGGAGAGCGCCCGUUCCAGUGCAGCCUGUGCAGCUACGCCAGCAGAGACACCUACAAGCUCAAGAGACACAUGAGGACACACUCCGGUGAGAAACCCUAUGAGUGCUACAUCUGCCAUGCGCGCUUCACACAGAGUGGCACCAUGAAGAUGCACAUCCUGCAGAAGCACACUGAGAACGUGGCCAAGUUCCACUGCCCCCACUGCGACACAGUCAUCGCCCGCAAGAGUGACCUGGGUGUUCAUCUGCGUAAGCAGCACUCGUACAUCGAGACGGGCCGCAAGUGCCGCUACUGUGACGCCGUGUUCCACGAGCGCUAUGCCCUAAUCCAGCACCAGAAGUCCCACAAGAACGAGAAACGCUUCAAGUGCGACCAGUGCGAGUACGCCUGCCGACAGGAGCGCCACAUGGUGAUGCAUAAGCGCACCCACACUGGAGAGAAGCCGUACGCCUGUAGCCACUGUGACAAGACCUUCAGGCAGAAGCAGCUGCUGGACAUGCAUUUCCGCCGCUACCACGACCCCAACUUCGUACCCACAUCUUUUGUCUGCACCAAGUGCGGAAAGACCUUCACCCGCAGGAACACCAUGGCACGCCACGCCGAGAACUGUAACGGCAUCGACACGGGAGAGAGCGAGAACGGAGCUCCACCCAGGAGAGGACGCGGCAGGAAAAGGAAGAUGCGCAGCAGGAAGGACGAUGACGAUGACAGCGAUGAGCAUGGCGAUCCUGAGAUGGACGAGGAUGAGGAUCUGGAUGACGAAGAGGCUCUGGAGGAAAUGGAGCUGGAGGAGGUGGAACAGGCUCCGCCCAGCAUUCCUAUCCCCGCCCCUGCCUCCCCACCUGUCAAGAGGAAACGCGGGCGCCCCCCCAAGAACACCCCCAAGUCCACGCCCACCAAGGCACCCGCAGCGGCGACAGCCAUCAUCCAGGUAGAGGACGAGAGCACGGGUGCGAUCGAGAACAUCAUCGUGAAGAAGGACCCCGACGGCACGGAGACGAGCACGGCUACGGUGACUGUGUCGGCCAGCACGGAGGUGGUCGCCACGGAGGAGGGCGCCGUGGAGACGGUGCAGCUGACGGUGGCGGACGCUGCGCCCAACGGCGACCUCACCCCCGAGAUGAUCCUCAGCAUGAUGGACCGGUGAUCUGGGGGCACGGCGCCAUCGCCUGGCCACAGGGACACGCGGCACGUCGCAACACACUCACACACACUCGCACAGACACGUUCACACACUCACACACCCCUCUCUUUCUCCACUCACUGCUUCUGCUUUCUUUUGUGAACCCUCCUCAAUCCCCAGACCAUUCCCAGUCAAUCCGUAGACUGUCGCCCAAAGUCCCAACUCCCAAAGCCCCUCUCCCUCCUGCACGGCUGUUGGACCUCACGCUCCACUUAAGACUGUAGCCUUCACUAUUUCACGUCUCUUGCUCUCUCUUAGUGGCAGUCCAAACCCUGCCAGUGACGCUCAUUUUCUAUGAGUAAUUAAUUCUACUGUUAAAUGUUCAGACUGCCCUUCUGGACCAGUGUAGAGGGAGCUCUCCGCAUGAGUCGGCCCUCCCGGCGCUCAGCCCAGCCCAGCCCAGCCCAAUCAGUUAGUCCAAUCACAUUCUGUACUCUGUGCCAUUUAGUGCAUGGGAAACGGUAUAUGCAGAGGUACACCGUGUGUGUGUGUGUGUGUGUGUGUGUGUGUGUGUGUGUGUGUGUGUGUGUGUGUGUGUGUGUGUGUGUGUGUGUGUGUUUCUGGAAGAGUGUGUUGGGGCCUGCAUGUGGGUAUUGUUAAGGGGUUGACUGAGACGAGAUUUGUCACAUGUGUUUAGGAAUGCUUUAGCUCCUUAUUCCACGUUGCCCCUUGAUGUCACCACCUUGCCUUGGCAUCAAUGAAUUCAAUAUGGCUCCACUUUGACUGGACCUGGCGUGACCCAACCCACCCUUCACCUUAGGUGACCUUUUGUUCUCUGUGACUGCUGUAAUCAUGGGUCUACACCCUCCCUUCCCUCCCUCCCUUCCUUCCUUCCUCCCCCUCUCCAACCAUCCUUUUAACAUUUGAUACCAUACACCUUUUAUGCACCAUAGGCAAGUUGAGUGCCUGUGUCUGCCCCCCCCCGCCCUCUCCGAAUACUCCUGUUGAAGUGUCUAAGGGUCCUGUGUAAGUGACUGGGCUUCCACUGGCUUUAAGACCAGGACUGGUCGCCUGCCUGCCGUGCCGUCCGCCUGCCUGCCCUCCAGACAGGCUUUCCGUGGCCCGCAGUUUGAUGCGUUGUAUAAAAGUAAAUCGAGAAGAGGGUUUCCUGGCUGGUUUUUGCUUGUAAAUAAUUUUUAUUUUCUGCUUUAUUAUGAUGAACGUUUUAAUCUUUUUCUAGCGAAUGGGUGAGCUUGAAUGGUGACGGCGAGAAGGCGCAGGGGGUGUUUUACCAGCCACUCUAAAGACUAUUGGAAACUUGCAGUUUAAACACUUCCAUGAGUUCUAUAUAAGAUUCAAAACAUGAAGAUGUGAAUGGGCUAGAAGUAUCAUGUAAGCAAGUGUGUCUCUGGUCGUUCCUUUUAUUUCUGUCCUCUGUUGCUUGACUGCUGUCAUCUGUACUUUUGCAUUCUCAUAAUGGAUCAGGCCUUCAGAGGACCGACCGCAUUGCCUCCUUUUAUUUUCCACAGUGUGUGUGUGUGUGUGUGGAGAGAGAAAUGGCCCGUGUUCUGCUCAGGAAGCUGUAUGGCUCGUGGUAUUGGUUAAUGUUUUAACCCCUGUCCAACGCUUCCUUGAAGAAGGCAAAAAAAAAAUGGCGCACACACACAAAUCUCUGGCACACACAUCUCUGAAGAAAAAUUUAAAAUCCUGUGUUUUAAUGAGAAGGACAGUCUUGUAGAACCAGCUCCAGGUCUUAAAUGUAAAAUAAAAUCUGUUCAUGUUUGUGAAAAGCUUUUUUUUUUUUUUUUUUUUUUCCUCCCUUUUUCUAAGAUUGAAUGGAAGGAUGUUAUGAGGUUGGAUGUGUCCUUGGCCUGUAUGAGGUGCGGUCUGUAGCUCGUCUAGGUCUGGGCCUUGUUGCGGCUGUGACGGCACUUCUUGUAAAGAUGCUGAGCAGUCAGUGGGGGUGUUGGCUGAUGACGGUGCUUUUGGGAAAAGAGUGAAUGAAUGAAUGACUACAAAGUUUUGUUCUGUUGGUAACAAGAAGAAAAAAACAUUUGGAAACUAUGUCCUUCAUUCAAACACUUCUGCAGAAUUCAAAAUAAUGUUUCCACCUACAUAUAAUUGCAUUUAAACUGCUUUUAUUUUUCUUUUUUUCUUUCUUUUUUUUGUUAAGCUCUUAAAAUUAUAGGUUGAUGCAUUUUGUACUUAGCUGUACUGUGUGAAUUUUACAAUGGUCAGACAACCAACGAUAUAAAGACAUUUAUUAGGCAGGGGAAGGGCCGAUGAGGAUGGUGUGGAGAAUGUAUUGCUGUACAGCUAAUAAAAAAAGAAACUAUUGGCCUAA